UCGUUAGGAAUUGCAUUAAAAGCAAAUGAUUAUAUUUGCCAUCUUCAUUUUAAAGAAGAAAAUAUAAAUAUGUACGAAAAGUUAACUAUUAAAGGAGAGCUCAAAUAUAUUCCUACACAAAGAAAAACGCUUAAGGAAGAAGCUGUGCCCACGAUUGAGCAUCAGUUUAUUCCCAUUCCCGAACAUGAACUCCAAGCCAAUACUAUUCACAUAGAGGAAUCUUUCGAACCAUACCCCAAUCAACCUAAGGACGAGCAGCAACAACAAAUCAAUGCCGAGCAACAGGAAUUAUCAGAAGAUCAAAAUGAUUCUAAUUAUUUAAUGGAUUAUGAAAUGAUACAACAGGACUUUGCGGAACCAUUGUUUAGUCAAUAUCAGGAUACUAAUGUAACAAUAAAUCCAAUAGAGAAUUUUAAAAGUAAGUUUCGGGCAUUUUCGUUGUUGCCGCCUUUUUGGCUACAUGCAGAAAAUCCUAAUGGGCUGGAAUUUAUGCGAAUGGAUCCAAAAACUCAGAAGAUUAAACAUCAUAUACGUUUAAACGAUGAUCUAACUGUCACUGUAAUUUUUCCCAAUAAUGAACAAUUGCCACUAAAGGAGAAAAUUAAUUCAUAUGACAACACCUACGAUUACUUAAAAUCGGUUGAAAGAUGGCCUUUGUGCGUUGGUACUCAGAUUGACGACAAUAAGUAAGUUUUGGUAGAUUGUUAACCAAGGGAUGAACGCAGUGAGAGUAUAGUCCGAGGCUAAAAUGAUGCCAUUCACCCGAGUUAAACACUCUACUUUUCAUUUCGAAUACGAGGAACCUAGCCCCAAAGCUUGUACUAUGGGUGUAGGCGAUAAUACAACUGUUUGCAGUCGUCUUAUGAAUAUAUAUACCAUAAUGUAACAGUUGUAUUUAAAAUAAAAGGAUAACUCGUAAGCCUAACUUUGAUUUUAUUUAACAUUUUUGUCAUUAAAAAUAUUGUAUGUAACGGUACAUUAAAUAGGUCUUAAUUCUUGAACCUAUCCUAUUAAAACUCGACUUUUAUGUGUAUUUUAAGAACCCUUAUUAUGUAGGUACCUGUAGAUUAAAGCACUAUUUAUACAUAAACAAUGGUACAGGAGAAUAAUAAAAGAUAAAAACGAAUUUAUCUAAUAAUUACAUCAAU